UUUGUUUGAACAGGUGCCAGCUCUCACUCUCGCUCCUCAUCACAAAACAAGGAGGAGCUCUAUCGAUCACAAAGCUGUGGAGCUUUGGGGCUUUAAAAGAUCCACCAAACACUGGAGGUGGAGGACUCCUGCUGAUUUCAAACAGAUUAAGGAGAGAUGAAGGCUGUGCAGGCUCUUACUCUGACUCUGCUGCUGGUUGCUGGAGCCAGCGCUCAGCUUCUGAAGUCUGGAAAAUGUCCCAAUCCUGCCGUCCAGUCCAACUUUGAUGCUUCCAGGUAUCUUGGUAAAUGGUACGAGAUCCGGAAACUGCCAACAACUUUCCAGAAAGGUCAAUGCGCCACUGCCAACUACACCCUGAAGGGUCCCGGAGAGAUCGCAGUCCUCAACAGAGAACUGCUCGAUGACGGAACCAUCGGCUCUGCUGUUGGCACGGCUAAAGUCAAGGACCCCGCUGAGCCGGCCAAGCUGGAGGUCUCCUUCUUCGAAGACACUCCCCCUGGUCCAUACUGGGUUCUGUCCACCGACUACGACAGCUACACCCUGAUCUACGGCUGCACGGACUACGGCCUCUUCCACAUGGAGCUCUCCUGGAUCCUGAGCAGGGAGCCCACUCUGCCCGAAGAGACCGUUGAGAAGCUGCUCGGCAUCUUGUCCUCAGUCGGCGUCAGCGUGGACGAGAUGGUCCCCACCGUUCAGGACGAGAGUUACUGCAGCGCCAUGAACCAGUGAGCAGAGAGAGGCUCCUGCUGGGCGGGUCGCGCUGGAGUAGAACCACCCUGCAGCGUGCAGAGAGUCAUCGUUCCUAUGAUGUGCAAAGUCAUGGGCAUCAUCUUAUUUAAAUAAAUGUAUCUGUUUGUGCUUGUUUUGUCUUUUUUUUGUUUUGUGGAAAUAAAUUCUGAUUCCUGUAUUCCAAAAAUGCA